AUGGAGUUUGAACAGUGCAAGCAGCAGCCAAUUGCCAUUGUUGGUAUGGCAUGUCGCUUGCCUGGCGAUGCCACAAACACGAGCAAGUUAUGGGAUUUGCUGUCUGAAGGCCGCAACACUUGGUCUCACCUUCCGGAGAGUCGCUUCCAGGAGAAGGCCUUCUUUCACCCAGACAGCAAGAAAAAUGGAGCGUUCCAUACUCAGGGUGGUCAUUUCCUCGAAGAGGAUAUCUCGCGCUUUGAUGCCCCGUUCUUCAACAUCAGUCCGGCGGAGGCAAAGGCCAUGGACCCUCAGCUUCGACUACUACUGGAGUCCGCCUAUGAAGCCUUUGAAAAUAGUGGCAUGACCUUAAACCAACUCCGCGGUACAGACACAGGCGCUUAUGUGGCAAUGUACAGUCGUGAUUAUGAGAAAAUUCUUAUGCGCGACCCCGAAGACCUUCCCUUUUACCUCCUGACUGGCAAUGGAGAGGCCAUGUAUGCAAACCGACUCUCAUACUUCUUCGACCUGCAUGGGCCCUCCUUCACCCUAGACACGGGCUGCAGUGGUAGCCUCGUGGCAAUACAUCAGGCGUGCCAAAGCAUCCGCGACGGCGAAAGUAGCCAAGCCAUUGUUGGAGCACCCAAUUUGAUCUUAGAUCCUGCAAGCAUGAUCGGUCCCAGUUUUCUUCAAUUUUAUGCAUCAGACGGUCGCAGUAAGUCUUUCGAUAACUGCGCUGAUGGGUACGGGCGUGGCGAAGGUAUAUGUUCGCUGGUUCUGAAGUCCUUGUCAGCUGCUAUUGCAGAUGGCGACCCUGUCCGAGCUGUCAUCAGGAGUUCAGUCACCAACCAGGAUGGUCGCACCGCAGGAAUCACCGUUCCCAGCGGAGAGGCCCAGAACUCUCUUAUACGUGCUGCAUACGCUGCAGCUGGACUAGAUCCAGCUAAUACUAGCUACGUGGAGGCACAUGGUUCAGCUACCGCCGUCGGAGACAUCACGGAAAGUCGCUCUAUUGGAGCAGUCAUCGGCAAGGCUAGAGAAGCCCAAGGCCGCGGUCCAGUAAUCAUGGGCUCCAUCAAAGCCAAUCUUGGUCAUUUAGAAAACGCCAGUGGCCUAGCCGGCCUGAUUGAAGCGGUGCUGGUUUUGGCCAACAGAAAAAUCCCACAAGCAGUAGGCAUGCAGCGUCCAAACGAAAACAUCCAAUGGAAAGAAUGGAAUGUGGAUGUUGCAACUCAGCCCCGAGAGCUGGACUGCUUACAGGUCUCUGUGAAUAGCUUUGGCUUCGGUGGCACCAACGUCCAUUUAGUCCUUGACAGAUCACAUGAGACGGAGCGUUCUUGUGAUUCCUUAGAUAUCCAUUCUGGGUCCCUCGUAUUUGUUCUGUCGGCUCGUUCAAGCGAAUCCGCGCGUCUCAGAGCUGAGCAGUUACUGAAAUAUCUGGAGCGUGUUGAUUCAGAUAGAGAAAGCAGUUUCUUGAACUCUCUGGCAUAUACGCUCUCGGCUCGUCGCUCGCUCCUUUCCUGGAAAGCUGCUGUUGUAGCCAACUCGAUGGCACAACUUCGUGAGAGCUUACAUUCUAUCAACUAUUCGCACCAUAAGGAGCCACCUCGUAUCGGAUUCGUCUUUACCGGCCAGGGAGCGCAAUGGGCCACGAUGGGCAGAGACCUUUGGGAAAGUAACGCAGUGUUCCGUGACUCUAUUGUAACUGCCGAGAAAUGUCUCAUUGACCUAGGUGUCGUUUGGAAGCUUACCGACGAGCUAUGGAAACCCGCCAAUGAGACAGGGCUUAAUGGCGCAGCUAUUGCGCAGCCGGCGUGUACAGCAAUUCAGCUGGCAUUAGUUGACCUGCUGGCGUCCUGGAACAUCUACCCUACCGCUGUGAUCGGCCACUCGAGUGGUGAGAUUGCCGCCGCCUAUGCCUGCAAAGCAAUCUCGUUCCGCGACGCGGUCCUUUCUGCGUACGCGCGAGGCUGUGCAGCAGGUCAGAUUGCCGCAGAUAAGAGUGUCAGUGGUGCCAUGAUCGCUGUUGGUUUGAGCCCGCAUGACGUGCAGCCCUAUAUCUCUGCCUCUUCCGAAGGUGACGGCCUUGUCGCAGUCGCCUGCAUUAAUAGUCCGGAAGCGGUCACAGUCUCCGGCGACAAGGAUGCUGUCGACAUCUUGGAAGGGAAACUGCAGCAUGAUGGCAUCUUCUGUCGUCGACUGCCAGUCGAUGUAGCCUAUCAUUCGUACCACAUGAUGCGGGUUACAGGUGAAUAUCACGAUGCUCUUGCAACCAUGGAAAAGGCACGUUCUAAUCCAGCGAUAUCGUUUUUUUCGAGCGUGGCCAAUAAAUUGAUCGACGGAGCUGAGCUGGGUCCCCAGUACUGGGUGCAAAAUCUUGUCUCGCCUGUUCUUUUUUCGAGUGCGCUAGAGAAGUUGGUGUCCGCAGCGGAACCCCAGGUCUUACUUGAGAUCGGCCCCCAUGCGGCAUUGAAAGGCCCUGUCAAGCAGAUUCUCAAGGCCGGGGCGAAGGAGGUCCCCUAUACUUCUACUCUGCUCCGCAACCAGGCCGCGCUUCAAUGUCUGACUGAGCUUGCGGCGCAACUAUUUUCUUACGGCGCAGAAAUCGACGUUGAUAAGGUGAAUUCCAUGUCGACUUCCACACAAAACCGUACAUGUCUUGAAGACCUUCCUACUUAUCCAUGGGAUCAUUCGUUGGCCUUCUGGCACGAGAGUCGACUGAGCCGCAACUAUAGGAACCGGACGGAGCCACCGCACAGUCUCCUCGGAGUCCUCAGUACAGAAUCGAGCUGGUUGGAACCUCGAUGGCGGAACCAUAUUAGUCUCGCUUCGCAUCCAUGGCUGGCUGGCCAUCGGAUUCAAGGGGACGUGGUCUUCCCUGCAGCAGCUUUCAUGGCAAUGGCCAUUGAAGCAGGAUACAAGUUGGCGAUACAGCAGCUCGGGGAACGCCAAUGUGAGCCGGAGUGUUCUAUUGAACUAAGCCAUGUCUCGAUCAGUAACAGUUUGACUAUUCCAAGCUCCGGGUCGGUUGAGCUUAUGUUUAUCCUACGACCAGCGACGGAACUCGGUGGACGGGAUCUCGCGCGCCGCCACGAGUUCGUCGUCUACGCUUCUUCCGACGCAGUAAACGUCGUAGAACACUGCCGUGGAUUCGUGAAAAUUGACUUCGACGACACCAGGUCAUCGCCGAGCUUAUUGGAGGCCCAAUUUGAUCAAGCCACAUUACCUACCGUUCGGCUUGACGGAUGGUAUAAUGAUUUGAGGCGAGUUGGCAUCGAGUAUACCGGCCUAUUCAAAGGGCUAGCUACAGCAACAGCCGGCCGUGGAUAUUCCCGCGCCACGAUUGCAUCUUUUCCACCUUCGGGUGAAUACAAUGCUAGCCUUCACCCUGCUACUUUGGAUCUGUGUCUGCAAACGAUGCUUGCAGCAAUAGACUCCACGGACCCUAUCCGGGGCCCUAUCAUGCCCACCUUUAUACAAAGAGCCUCUGUGAGCAUCGGUAGCCGAUUUGACAGCCAAAGCAGCAUGCGGGUCUCUUCCAAGGUGAAGAAGCUAUCCGAGCAGAAGCUUUCUGCCGAUAUCGAAGGCACCAGGACCGAUGAAAAUGGAGAAAACGCAGCGAUUGUCCUCUCAUUACAGGGCUUGGAAGCCACGUCACUGAGCCUUUCUUAUAAAGAAUUAGACGGAUCCGACCAAGUGAAGGCCUGUCAAAAGCUUGUCAUGAUGCUCGACCCGGAUUACCUGACUAACGCAGCGGUCAAUGAAAUCUGCAAUAAACCCCUUCCUCCGAUCUCUGUGCAGGCCAAACUAGCAAAUCUGCGUGAUGCCUGUCGCAUUUAUGCGCGAGCGGCUGUGAAAGAGAUAUCCGAUGAUGAUGUGAAGGGCAUGACAGAUUUUAGAAAGCAGUACAUGAGCUGGCUGCGGAAGCAAGCCGAUUUGUGUCCACAUGAUGGUUCAACAGAGCUACUGCAGCAAUUGAGAACAUCUGACGCAGAAGGAGAAAUGGUCUGUCGCAUAGGGGAUAAUUUGAUUUCCAUUUUCAAGGACGUCCAGGAUCCUCUAUCCUUGAUGGUCGAGCAGAACCUCCUUUAUCGCCUAUAUGAGGACGACCAUAGUAUGAAAAGGUGUGCCAUUCAAGCUGCGGAGUUUGCCCGCUUACUUGCCUUGAAGUCCCCAGGCCUGCGCAUUCUCGAGAUUGGUGCCGGGACAGGAGGAGCCACACUUCCUGUCUUGGAAGCGCUGAGCAGGUCGGGUCAAGCUCUGUGCUCUCAUUAUCGUUUUACUGAUAUCUCCGUUGGUUUCUUUGGUAAUGUGGAGAAGAAACUGGAAAGGUGGCACGGGCUCGUUCAAUACCAGAAGCUGGACAUUGAAAACGAUCCAACGCAACAAGGCUUUGAGCCGGCGGACUAUGACAUUGUGAUCGCGGCUAACGUCCUUCACGCUACUACCUAUAUUGAAAAGACAGUCAAGAAUGUCCGGCAAUUACUGAAGCCGGGAGGAAAUUUGCUGCUGCUCGAGAGCACACAACCGACUGUCCAUCGUUCAUUCGUCUUCGGCCCACUCCCGGGUUGGUGGUUAGGAUCGACGCAGCGCAACAAGGACAGCCCAUUGCUAAGCGAGCAAGAAUGGGACCAUACUCUCCGAGGCUUCGGAUUCAGUGGCGUGGACUCGAUUUUGCAUUCUUAUCCAGACGUUGAAGACCAAACGGAUAGUUUGAUUGUCUCCACUGCGAGGCUCGAUGGCAGGCGAUCAAUCGAUGCGGCUAAAUUGGCUCUGGUUUUGACACACGGUCAGUUACUACUACAGGAUCAGAGCCUAGGCUACCAGACUGCCCAGCACAUCUCUUCCAAGCUGUCUACUAGCUCUGUCGAGAUUCUCUCUCUCGGUGACAAUCGGCUACAAGAUCGAGCGUGCAUCAUGUUGGCCGAUUUGGACGGGCCGUUGUUAAACAAUUUGGAGCAAACGCUCUUUGACGACUUAAAAUACACUCUCAAAACAGCAUCUGAAGUCGUUUGGGUGACACGGGGAGCGACAGAUCAAAGCCACAAUCCGAUGUCGAGUUUAGCUACCGGGCUGGUACGAGUGCUGAGAAAUGAAAAUCCUCAUGUUCCGGUCGUCACUAUCGACCUUGAUCCAGACAAUCAGACAGUGUCCCAGGAUAUGGCAGGAAAGGUUUGCACCUUCAUGCACGGCUAUAUUUCUAGCCUACGCAGUGAUGAUAUGGAAUGGUGCGAGCGCAACGGGAAUUGGUUCGUUCCUCGUUUGGUUGAGGACACGGCCACAACAGAUUUUGUUCGUUCCCAUUCUACGAUCUCCCCACCUAAUGUGUCUCAGCUGGAGCCUUUCUACCAAGAAGAUCGACCCCUACGUCUAAGCGCGAGACAUACAGCGGGCUUGCAGGGAAUAUCAUUUACUGAUAAUCCCGAUCUCGAAGCACCUCUUUCUGGGGACGAAAUUGAGAUUGAGGUCAAGGUAUCUGGUGUCAACUUCCGUGAUAUCAUGGUCUCCCUGGGGCAAAUGCCAGACGAAAACGUUGGAGAGAUCGCUGGUAUAGUGUCAAAAGUUGGGCGAGAUUCGCAACUCGAAUUCGCGGAGGGAGAUAGGGUUUACACAUGGCACGUGCCUCGAUUUGCCAGUCACGUUCGAUGUCCCUCGUUGAACGUUCAGCGCAUUCCAGCGGAUGUUUCCUUCGAACAAGCAGCAUCUAUCCCUAUAAUCUACUGUACAGCCUAUCACUGUCUCAUAACUGUGGCGCAACUGCGUCAAGGUGACACUAUAUUGAUCCAUUCCGGUGCCGGAGGAGUCGGUCAGGCCGCCAUCAUUCUUGCGCAGUACUUGGGAGCUACAGUAUUCACGACCGUGGGCACAGAUAUGAAGAGACAGCUGCUUAUUGAGCAGUACGGCAUUCCAGAGUCUCAUAUCUUUUCCAGCCGGUCGACCAGAUUUGCUAGCGAAAUCGAUGCUGUCACUAAAGGUCGAGGCGUAGAUGUUGUUCUAAACGCUCUAUCGGGUGCUUACUUGCAGAGCUCUCUUGACGCAUUGGCUCCUCUAGGCCGAUUUGUGGAGAUUGGCAAGAGCGAUAUUCUUGCUCAUGCUCGCCUUGACAUGAGUACCUUCUCACGCUCAACAUCUAUAUCUGCCGUCGAUCUUGUUCAGCUGAUGCGAGAAAGGCCGCAGUACAUGGCAGACACCUUUUCUCGGGUAAACCAGAUGCUAGCCGAAAAUCAAAUCAGACCUGCGUAUCCUCUCAAGUCUUUCCCCAUUUCGGGGUUAGAGCAGGUAUUCCGGUCGAUUCAAAAGGGGGAAAAUGUGGGUAAGCUGGUCAUUACGCAUGGUCGCGAUGACGAAGUCAGGGUUUUACCACGGGCAUCUCCUGUGGUCCGGUUGCGACAAGAUGCUACUUACCUCGUUGUUGGUGGCCAGGGUGGUCUGGGGCGUGCUCUCGUUGUUUGGAUGGCAAGGUGUGGUGCUCGAUGCAUCGUUUCUUUGUCUCCCUCGGGUGCUGAGAAACCUCUUACGCGGGGUCUUAUUGAGGAGCUGGCACAGAUGAAGGUUGAUUUCCACGCGAUCUCGUGUGACAUUGGAGAUCGUCACCAGCUUCAGUCUGUCUUGACGGAAAGGGCAAAGGGUCUACCUCCUAUUUACGGCAUCAUUCAUGCUGGCCUGACGCUAAGGGAUUCCAGUUUCGACAACAUGACACUUGGAUCUUUCCAGCAGGUGCUACAGCCCAAAGUAACGGGAACUUAUAACCUUCACGAAUGCCUUCAAGACGAGCCUUUGGACUUCUUUAUCAUAUUUUCAUCCUAUGUCGGAUUGGUCGGCAGCACUGGCCAGGCGAAUUAUGCCGCAGCAUCUACUUUCCAAGAUGCCUUUGCGCGGUGGCGGACGAGUCUCGGGAAGCCCACAUUUUCGCUGGAUCUUGGAACUAUUAGAGGCGCCGGAUAUCUUCAUGAGAACCCUGAAGCCUUCGCCCACCUUGGGAAGAUGGGCCUCGGGGAAAUACCUCUCUCUGCGCUAUACGCUCUUGUUAGCUAUACCAUGUCAAAUCCUCCCUCGCAUUAUUCCGACAGCCAGAUUGCCAUCGGAUGGGCGCCACCUGCCACAUGGUCUCAAGCUCAGUACGCUGCUUUAGACCCUCUCGUUUCGCACCUUUGCCUAUCAUCGGCGCAUCCAGCCGAGAAGCAAUCGCGAAAAGACUCAGGCGUCGAUAUGCAGGAUGUACAAGGGGCUCAAUCUCUCUCUCAAGUCCUGUCCCGCUGUCAGACCCCGAAGGAACGUACCUCUGCCAUCAUCGAGGCUCUGACUGCGCAGAUUGUUGCCAUUCUCGGGGUCGCCGCAGAAGAUGUGAAUUCUGGGAAAUCAAUCGGAGACCAUGGAGGUGAUUCAUUGGUCGCUAUUGAGUUCCGCAACUGGUUCCGUAACGAGGUCGGCUGUAUCUUCACCACCCACCAGGUGGCGAGCCAGCUUUCUGUGCAGCAGUUGGCUGUUCAAGCUGCUGGAUGA